UUUAAAACAUGACAUUUUUUUCCAAAGUUGGCAGAUUACUCUUAUUCAGGGAAUAAAAAACACGAUACUCAUAUUUUGGAAUUUCAAAACGUUUUUGCUCCUAUUUAGAGCCAUUUCUAUUAUAUAUUAACACACAGAAAUAAAUUACAAAAAAUACUUUCGUUUGUUACAUUUUCAAGUAACAUAAAUAUUAACAAUUAACAGUCAAAGGUAACAAUUUUCAACUCCAAAAAUUAAAAUGAAAACAACUUGGGGGGAAAUAAUGCAUAGUACGGAGUAUAUUAUUCGAACCCUGAAGCCGAAAUACCCAAAAGCCAAAAUACACUAGAAAUACUAUGAUCAUUGACCAAUAAAGACGGAAUGAUAGAUCAUUCUCCAUGGGUAAAUAUAGGGGCGAAGACAAGAGUAAAAGUUGAACUAGACCGGUACAAAGGAAUUUUACAAAUACAUUUUUAUUAAUAAAUUUUUAUAUUAAAAUAUAAUCAAUUUUAAAAUUUAGUCUGAGUCAGGGCCCGAUUGACCACCCUCCACCUCCGCCCUGGGUAAUUAAAAGAAUUAGAGAAAGUUAACCUAGAUUAAUCACAAUUGAGAUGCAGGAUCAUGAAUAGCCGAAUUAGGAUUGUGGGGAUCGGGAUUAUCAUGAUUGGGACAUGAACUUCCGGUCAGUAAUUUUUUGAUUUGAUUUAGUGUAACCUAGAUUACUUUGCUAGAUUACUAGAUUAACCUAGAUAACUUGCCUUUUUUUAAAGAAUAAAACCAUAUUUAUUAGCAGUGUUGCCUUUGGAGUUAUGUAGGGAAAUUGAAGUUCUCAUGAAUGGUUAUUGGUGGAAUGGUAAGUCCGAGAAAGGGGUCAGCUGGACUAGCUGGGAACUUUUAUGCCAACCAAAAAAUUGCGGGGGGUUGGGGUUCCGGAGGUUAAGGGAGUUUAAUCUCUCGAUCUUCGCAAAACAAGCUUGGCGUAUUUUUACUGAACCAAAUACAUUAGCUGCGAGGGUGUUCAAAGCUCGUUAUUUUCCAAGAGGAAAUUUCUUAAAUGCCAAGUUGGGUGGGAGCCCCUCUUUUAUCUGGAGGAGUCUCUUUGAGACUCAGUCGGUGAUUAAGGCGAGAUAUAAAUGGAGGAUUGGGGACGGUAAGUCUAUAAAUAUAUGGGAGGGACCAUGGCUGCCCGAUGAUGCUAAUCCCAGGGUGUCAACACCUCAAGUUCCGGGCCUGGAUUGUGCUACGGUGGAUGGUCUUUUGGUAGAAAAUGGGGGGGGAGUGGGAUGUUGAUAUUUUGUAUGAUUUAUUCAAUUGCAGGUUCAUGAGGCUAAUUCAAAGCACUAUGCUUAGCUUGCGGAAGGUGCCUGAUAGAAUAACUUGGAGUGGAGAGACUGGUGGCCAUUUUUCAGUUUGAAGCUGUUAUCGGAAGCUCGUUGGUGAGAAGGUUGCGGAAGGAUGGUCUGGGUGGACACAAAUGUGGAAGUGGAAGCUUCCUCCAAAGAUUAAAACCUUUUUCUGGCAAUUAUGUGUUGGCUGCCUACCAACUCGAGAUGCUUUGCAGCAGAGAAGGGUUCCUUGCCCGGAGAUAUGCGGUCUUUCUGAAGCGACUGAAGAAUCAUCCCUGCAUCUGUUUGCUGGCUGUCAGUUGGCUCUGGAGGUGGGCCGGUUACUGGGAUGGAAGGUGUUUACUAACCUGCCAGGCAGCUUUAGUGAAUGGUUAGAAGCAAAUUUUCAGUUGAGAAAGGAUGACGAUUUGAAGAUUUUUAGUUUGGGGUUGCUGGGGUAUUUGGUGUGCGAGGAACAAACGGGUGUGGCGGGGGGUUCAGACUGAGGCUUCACAGAUUGUUGCCCAGACUAAAGCUUUUAUCGAGGGAUGGUCUAAGGCUCAACAGAGUGGAGGUUCGCGGGUGGAGCUCGUUUCAGCUCGGAGUUCAUUCUGGCAACGUCCAUCUAUUGGAAGAAUAAAGUUAAAUGUCGAUGCUUCAGUUUCAUCUUCUGCUAUUGGUCUUGGAUGGGUUGUGCGAGAUUAUAUGGGGGAGUUCUUGGCGGCAGGUGCAUGGCCACGACUGGGGAAGGUGUUCUCCAGUUGAAGCUGAAUUAAUGGGCAUUAGGGAGGCACUAAGCUGGCUUAAGGAGCAAAAUUGGGACUUCGUAGAUGUUGAGUCUGAUUCUUUGCAGGCUAUUUCAGAGAUUCGCAAGCAGGAUAGUUGUUUGAUUUUGGGGUUAUUAGCGGAAGAUAUCAAAUUUCUUAGUAGGCAUUUUACUAGCAUUACCUACACCCAUGUUAGGCGUUCUGCGAACACAUUUGGUCAUGUGUUAGCUAGGGUGGCAUGUUCUUUGUCUGAUCGCCGGUUUUGGUUUUUUUUCUUCACCGGAUUGUAUUACUCAUGUACUCCAUCAUGAUUUAAUUAAUGCUAGUUAAUUUGGUUUGGUUAAAAAA